GUUGGGUUUACAUGAAGUAUAGCAUACUUACUGAAUAGUUUCAAAAUGAAGUCGUUUCUUUAUGUGUUUGUUAUUUUCCUAAAUGUUUAUAUUCAACAAUCUCUUGGCGAGGAUGAAAUAGAGGAAUCAAAUGCAAGACAUUUUAUUGAAGGGAAAGUUAUCAUCCAGGGAGAUAAACUACCAGGUAUUAUACAGCGUUGUUUCAACUGUUUUCGAUCAAAUUAUAAAAUUUAAUAGCAAUUCCACUGUUCCAACGAGUUCCCACUUAUAUGUAAGAAAGAACACUGUAUUGCCUGAAUACUGGAACAACCUGGUUAACAUGACAAAUAAUAACAAAACCUCUUAAAGUCUUGAUAUAUUCUAUAUUAAGUAUGACUCCCAUUUUGAGAAAAAGGUCUUAUUUUACUCAGUACUGGUUAAUAUUUUAUCGAAGUUUCUAUUCAGCUAUUUAGUAAAACUGCCGGCUAUAUACUGACUAUAGAUAGUUACAUAUAAAACCUUUUGUUUGUGCUACUUCAUAAGUUUCCUAGUUUUGUCCACCCCCCCCCCCCCGGGCCAAAUUAACUAGGAAAUUUAUUUGGCCCUCCUGGGGACCAUAUUUCCUAGGAAAUAUGCCCCCCCCCCUUCGGAAAUUUGGCCCCCUCGAAAACAUAGUUUACUUUAUCGCUAUAAGCUCGGAAAUUGUGAAGAUUCUUCUAAAACCAAGAUCCUAAAAGUGUUUGUCAGUAUUUAUAGUUAGUUUACAUAAUUUAUUUGUGUCGAAAUUCUUCAUUGCGGCCAAGAGCUAAAAGUUUGAAGGAAAGCGUAAUAAUAAUAAAUGUGCUAGUGCAGUCAUGCCAAACACUAGGGAUGAGCCGAUUAAUCGGUACGGUACCGAUAUCGGUACCGAUAAAUCGGCCGAUAUUUGGCGUUUUCAAAAUAAUCGGUAAUCGGCCGAUUAUUUUUUAUAAUCGGCUAUUUGCCGGUAUUCGCAAUUUUUUUUUUUUUUUAAGAAAAAUAAUUCUAUAAUCUAGUAAUCUACACUCCGUCUUGUUUUUGACACUUUUGUUGUGCGUAUUUAAUCCCAUAUUGUGUUACUCGAGGGAAUAAGACCACUUGUAAGUUAAAAUUAUAUUGAAUAGAGUGAAUUCCAAUUAUACAUUUAUAUUUUUGCGUUUGAUUCAUUUGACUCGUACAGUGACCGAUAACUGUCCAAUAUGAGUAAAUAUUUCCCGGAACACACUAAAACUAGUACGUCAAUUUGUGGCGUAUACACAAGACACUUAGUACAGGGGCGGAGCGAAGACUAUCCUUUUCGGGGGGUGCAAGACAACUUUUUGCAGACAAAAGGGCGUGGCUAGCACGUUGUUAGGGCGUGGUCAAAAUGAACCGUAUUCAUUUUUAAGUGAUGUACAACGAUGAAAUCCGAGUAGUAAGAUAAUUUAUUUUUAAAAUAGGCGAAAUAGUUCCUUAAAAUACAUGGUAUAAAUUUCAGAAAAGCACAUCCAAUCGUCAUCAAACGACCAAUUACAAACUAAACACGUCAGUUUCUCUCUCUUCCGUUUGUGUUUUUGCUUGCUACUGUCCAUACUUUUAAAUCAUCUUCGUAUUUCUCAUUGUAUAUAAGACCGUUAGGUGUAAUUUCUAAGACUUUUACUGGCUUUACAAAAUUAUGAAAUGAAGCACAGACGCAUCAACAGUCAACACGCACAUGUGAUUCGAGUUUCCUAUGGUAUCAUAUUUCACAAAAUUGCAAGAAAAUAUAAUACUAUUACUAAUAGCGUAAUAGCGUAAUAAGUUCUUGGUCAAUUUGGCUGAAUGUUCGGAAAAGGGACGACAUAUCCAUCUUUUCGAUCUUGCAUUUUCUACAAAUUUUCUACAAACAAUCUCUCUCCAAUCAUGUAUUGCCUAUUGGCUUGAUCCAAUUUAUUUUGCCGAGAACUGAUUUAUUGUGCCGACGGACACGGCAUUGGGGUGUGUGGCACCCCCAGCACCCCCCCUAGCUACGCCCCUGACUUAGUAUUAAAAGUUGUCAAAAAACGUUAUCCGGCGCUUGUACCAGGUUUUAAACUUUUAUUCAACUUUUACACAGAAAUAUCGGCCAUAGCCGAUUAAUAAUCGGCCGAUUAUUUUUUAUAUCGGCUCCGAUAUAUUGGAUCGGAGAAUCAGCUUUUUUCUGGUAUCGGCUCAUCCCUGCCAGACACAUCACACAUGGGUAUCUGUAGAGGACAAUGUUAAUGCAUAAUGGCUUAUCUUUAAGCUAAGGACAUGAAACGAUUUUUAGAGAUAGGAAUUUCUAAGAUAUUACAAGUUAUUUAGAUCUAGAAAUUCAGUCGCAUAGUGUAAAAUUAGUCAGAAUAAGUACCGCACUUUAGGGUAAAAGUAGACUAAAAGUGGAAACGUUUGUUCGAAAAACGAAAUCAAACAAGUGGUUAUUUCGUAAAAAAAAACCCUUUUCCUAUGCAUUUUACUUACAUUAUACACAGUAUAUAUAAUCGCUCAUAUGGUUGGGAUGCAUUACAGAAGCAUUCCGUAAAAACAAAAGUAGACUGCAUGCUAAAUUAUGCACUGCAUGCUUCAUGGCUCACAAAAACAUUCCACACACACAAAAGCAUAGACUUUCCAAAGUCCUUUCCAGAGUCCAGACCCUUCUAUGGUGCGCUUCACUUCCUCCGUGGAAAGGACUUUUGUCACUUGCAGCGCGCCAAAUAUCAACGGUGGAAAAAUCCACCGGUGACGUCAUUGUUUACAGGAGUCUAAAAAUAAUAUUAUAUUGUCAGGCUUUUUUGUUGAACAAAUGUGUAUUAUUGAAGCAAACAGAGUAAACAAUGUAAAUACAAUUUUGAAGAACACAAAAACCAUGUGAAAAUACACAAACAAGAAUAUUACAUUGAGUAUAUUUAAAAGUACAGGGUGUAGAAAUAAACUUUAUUAAUACCGAAGAUGCAUCUAAUGAUUCUAAAAUUUCCUCACUAGUUUCGGAUUUAGUUUGGGUUUCUUGAUCUCGAUUACUGAUUAUUAAUACAAAAUUGUUCGUUGAGAAAACAACGUGGAUUUUGAACUCUGACGAUGUCUGCUCGUCAGUUGAUCACAAUCGCCGCCUCUCUGCUUCUCGGUUUAUACAGUUGUCUGACUCUUUUCAAUUUGAUUAACUUCUACUAUGUUAAAUCGCUCGCGAACUGAAUCAACUUUCUAUAAUAAGUCUAAUAAAUUACUAUUCUUGUUGACACAAUUACGGCACACAUUGUUAGACAAUUAACAACUCCCAGUUAUUUCGUUUCCACACUCGGUGCAAACUGUUUCAUUUGAGGACAAAGAAAUAUCAAUUCUUGAGAAUGUUUUUGUGUUUUUGUUGACCCAUUGUCGGCGUGGUGGAGUAAUUGUAUGAAAUGUACUGUACACACCCUUUUUAUGUCAAAAUUAUUCGCGCCAAAAUUUUUAAUGCGAUUUAAAUUCCUGCAAGGGACACAAGGCGGGUCGCGCGUUCCCUUCCCCGCACCCUCCCUCCCCCAUGGUCGACUUGUGGCAAGUCUAACAAAAGCACAAAGGUUUGAAUGAUUAAUGCCUUUUAAGUAUUAGGGUAAGCAAAAAUCGUAUCAUUUUAAGUAUUAUGAAAAUCGUUUCGUUUCCAUAGCUUAAUGAUAUAGCCAUUAUUUAUUAACGUUGCCUUCUACAAAGCUGGUCAAAACCAAACGUGAAAAGUACGCUAAAAUUUGCUCUUGACCUAAUCUCAUCAGUAUUGCAAUUCAAUGGAGAAUGUUGACACAAAAAAUAAUGCAAACUAGCUAUAAAUGUUGAGAAAAAUUUCUAGAAAUUCCAUUUUAGUAGAAGCUUCACGAUUUCCAAGCCUAAAGAUGAAGUAAACUAUAAUUUUUUAGGGGGUGGGGGGCUAAAUUUCUGAAGGGGGAGCCAUAGUUUCUCCAGGGGGGGCCAAAUUUUUUUUUUGGGGGGGGGGGAAAUUACUUGUGACACCGGGACAGGAUGUGUUUUGUCUGUUUUCCCCCGCCUUUUCUAACUCUCAAAAGGUUAGGUUAGGUAUUAGAAUAUGGGUAUAAAAAUUCAACUUUAACUGGUCACAGUAUAUAGCCGGCAAUUUACUAAAUUGCAGGCUGUAUAGACACUUCAAAUAUUUAUUGCAGCAGUUGAAAAUUGAAAUAGACUAAAUUAAUACUAUAUUAAGAAAAUAUCGAUACAAUGAAAAUUCUUCAAAAAAUUUCAAAAAUGUUGACAAUGAUGAAAUUUUAUGAAUUCAGCAGUCCCAGUGUGAUUUUUUAAAACAUGAUGUUACAAGGUUUAUAAAGAGUUGUUCCAGAAAAGAUCCACACUCCCCCCACAGAAAAUUUCUGCUGUCCGGAGAGGGAGGAGAGAAAAAAUUGUUUCUGAUAAUAGUAAGUGAAGUAUACUAGGACAUCCGAAGGGGGCAGGAGGUUAACUUCCAAUUUCCUGCCGUGGGGGAGGUAUGGGUGUUUUCUGGAAUGACCCAAAUUAUAUAUUAAUACACACUUUGGGAAAGCAUGUCAUUUUGGCUAGAACGAUAUUUAGAUGAUGCAACUGAUUAUGGAAAUAUAACACACACGCUGUAUAAUUUCCAUCUAUUUUUCUGUUUAUUGCAGUUGCUAAUUGGAAUUUGCUAAUUCGAGUGAACAUUCAUAUUAUUAUCACAUUUGCAAAUUGAAAUUUCAGUGCAAGCUACAAUGCAAGACAUCCAAACAUACAUGCCCAAUACAAAAUCUUGUUUGACAAUGUAGCUUAAGACAUCACAACAAUUAAUAAACAAACAAACAAUCAGAUAGACACCAAGAAACCAUUAGCACACAGAGGUAAUUAGGUAAUAUUGCUAGGCAUGAGUAAAAAAAUUGCAUUGAACCUUUUAGUCUGAAUUUUCCCUAAAAUUAACGGGAAAUCUGCCCAUUAGCCAUGUGCCCUCCUCAGGUGGGCAUGACUUAAUUAUAUCAAUUCCAGACCAAUGCAUUCUAUUGGCUAAAAAAGCCUAAAAUGCUUCAUGACUAAACUGAAUGUUUUCUUUUUUUUUUCAUGCCCAUUUUCCAAAGCAUGACAACAUUAAAAUGCUGUUGAAUUUUUCAUAUUUUGUUGAGAUUAUUCAAGUCACAGUUCAAGUUAUGAAUAUGGAAACAAACCAACAUCAAUCGAGUGCAUUGUAGGAAGCCCAUUGUAAUUUGGACAUUAUUUGUGGCUUCUACCAAGCUAUCUUACUAACAAAUUGAACAGACUCAUUUGCCGUAUAUUUAUAAGCAAGAUUUGUGAAGCCCUUCCACAUUCACUUGAUAUAAACUUAUUAAUAUUUUCUACCAGUUCAUGCUCUCUCUUUGUGUAUUAAAAAUAAGUGCUCAUUAUUGUUGCUCUUGACCUAAUGAUAACUCAGAAGUAGAACCCUUGCACAAUUAUUUAGUUGUUUGGUUACCAUGCAUCAAAUGCAGUACAUUGGCUGUACACUUCUCUCUUAUUCACCAUGCAUAUUCACUAUAAUAAUUAUAAUAAUGUGCAAUACACAUAUGAUUCCACCAGGGAUGGUGUGUGCACCAUUGCACACAACCUGGCGAAAAUUGCUAUUUAGUAUAGGACCAGAUAAAAACCAUGCAUAGCAGGGGAAACUCUCCCCUUCCCCCUGAAAAAAAAGAAACUUAACUUACUAAUUUUAUAAUCAUGAUAUUAUAAAUUAAUAAGCCAAAUGAUGUUUAUAAUCUUGUGAAUCAGAAUGUAUGAAUCUGUAUCAGGCACCUAGUAAGUAAUAUGACUUUGGAUGCAUUGAUAUUUGGGUACCAUAUUUAUUGCAGCAUAUACUAAUAGUGAGCCCUGAACCACAGAUAGAGUAGUACGACUGCAAAAGAGUGCUGCAUGUUUAAGCUGGCCAGCUGCAAGGUGUCCAGUGUGAGGGCAUAUUUAAUUGGGUCAUACAUGUACUGUAUAUCCUGUUAACUAUGAUGAGCCAAGAUUUACAAUAUUUUAUGAAUGUUCUUAAGUUAAAUAUAUACAAGACACCUGUAUUCCAAUGUCAAUGUGACCUUGAAGGUUGUUAACAUAUAAAAUGGAAGAAGGUAUUGUCACAAUUAAAGUAUGGAACAGCGCAGACUUAAAAAUUGGAAACUUCCAGCAAUUAAAUAAUUCAAGAUUAUAUUGAGAGAACAAAUUCUAUUAAAAUUCUAUUAGAAUUGGUUUAAUAUAAUUCAACAAAUUAUAUUAAAGGUCUACCACAUUUACAAUUUCAUCUUGUAAUCUACUGUAGUACUGAAUGAUUGGAUUUUGUAAUUUUUAAUUAUUCCAUCUCAUUCUAUUAGGUUUGUACACUAAUGCAUGCUGUACCUUAAAUAAAGGCUUCACAUUGUCAUUUAGUGUAGUACAAUGUAGUUGAAUACUUUCAUGUUCAUGAUUCUAGAAUGGGCAAGUCAAACAAGAGUUUUAGUAAAUGGUGGUGAAUAUAUUGGUUUUCUGAAAGCAGAUGGUUCAUUUAUCAUCAGUGAUGUUCCAUCUGGUUCCUAUAUUGUUGAAGUAGCCUCGCCUAAUCAUUUAUUUGAACCAGUUCGUGUGGACAUUAAUGCUAAACGAGGAAAAAUAAGAGCAAGGAAAGUUAAUUUUCUUCAAAAUUCUGCUGUUGUUACUCAACCAUAUCCUCUGAAAUUUAAAGUCAAAGAACCAGCCAAGUUUUUUGAAAAGCGUGAAGCAUGGAAAAUCAAAGAUUUCUUGUUUAAUCCUAUGGUAAGUGUUGCAUGUCAAGUAACUCGCUCAAUUUCAGACAUAUAUAUGUUGAUCUGGUUUAGUUAAUGAAUGCAAUCCAGCUGAGGAAACGUUUCGAAACUCCGGAUAAAUGUAUAUUUAUCAAUCAUUUUCCAACUGGUGUCAAAGAUAACUACUGGAGAGGCCGAGAAAACUAUGCUUGUUUGUGAGUCAUAAACACCAGCAAUUGCAGAGGCCACUUCAUUAGCUAGUUUGAAACAGAAACUAAUGUCAUUUUUGUUAUUGAAACAACCUUGAUUUUACUUUGUUAGUUUCUUUUACUAUUAUUUAUAGUUAUAUAUUAUAGUACAUAGGUUAUACAUUAAGUUAUUCUUUAUAUUUGUAAAUUAUUCUAGUAAUUUAUGGUAGGCUAUAGUAUAGGCCUUUAUUGUGUAUAUGGGAAAUAUAUAUUAAAUCAUUAAACCAAUCAUUUUUGUGCCUCAACUCGUUUUUAAAUUUUAUGCAAUAAUUUUAUAAAUUUAAUUAUUUUUAAGGUUUUAAUGAUGAUUCUUCCUUUGCUGUUGCUGCUUGUCUUACCUAAAAUGAUGGGACAAAUGGAUCCAGAGACACAAAAGGUAUAAGUGAUAUGCUAACUGCCUUACUCAAGAUCAUUAGUGAAUGCUAAACUGCCUUCAACCUAAAGCCUUGUUCACACUAGCAAUUCUGUUAGCUAACAGAAGCGAUGUUUCUCCUCCUGGCGGAUGUGAAUGAGUGACAUGCAAAAGUUUUAGAAAUGCGUGAAAGUUCACUCAUUCGCAUCUGAUAAAAUCGCCGACAAAAAUUAUCAACCAGGCUUAAACCACUGGCUUAAACAGAUCAUAACUAAUCACUCAAAACUAAUUACUCCUAACAAGCUCAGUCAAUAAGUUAUAUGGCUAAAAUCAAGAGCACUUGUUCGAAAAAAAACAGGGUUUUAAAUUGUUGUGAACAAUUUUUGACAAAGAUAAAACGAUAUUAAAACGAGAUAAACAACAUAUUUUCAGAUAUUAAAUUAAUAUACUGAAAGUCAAAAACAGAGCAUUUUUUAGCCCAGUUUCACCAUAGAGUUUCACUCACCUUAGUUUGAUGACAAUCGCGACAAAUAUUAACUAACUUCCGCUACUAAUUUCCCGACAAAGGACCUUCGCUCGAAACAUCCAAGUUUUCCUUGUAUUUUCCAGAUAGUUGUAUCCCUAUCAGGUUUGUUAUUAUUGGCACUAUACAUACAGUGUACCCUGGCACAUACAGACGGUUCUAUAGAUUAACUGUUACUCUGUCAGCAUUUUAAAUGUUAUAAAAAUCGUUUUUGACUCACGGAUGUUGCGUUCUGUGAGUCUUUGUGGUUACUUGAGUGUGGGGCAGUUAAACAAUGGGAAAUGACCAACCAGCUUGGCUCGCACUGUUUGCUUUCAGAUCCGGGAAUCGGGCUAGAGCACGCGUUCGUUCUUUUGAGAGAGAAACACGACAAAUGGCAAAAUUUGCACGGUGCUCGUUUGCAAAAACAACUGCGAACUACUCAGUUAAUUCUUUCUAUCACUUUCAUUUGAUCUCAUCCGUGAGUCGGCCUCAAUAGAGUAGAAUAUAUUAUACUAUUAAAACUUUCCAAAGUCACAUAUUUAGACAGUAGUCAUUUUUACUGGGAAAAGAGUUUUUUAAGUUCUUCUCCGCGAGUAGUCCACCUUAGCGGUUCAUACUAUCAGAUCAGUGAGCAGUACCAACCGCUCAGGAACCAAUCAAAAUGCUGCAUUUUGCAAAUGGAUCGCCUAGCCAUAUAAUAAAUACAAUCAUUUUAUUUUUUAUGCAGGAAAUGAACUCGAUGAAUAUGUUCAAUCAAUCGCAAGAAAUGCCUGAAUUCUCAGAUAUGCUUACAAACUGGUUCUCGUCAGGACAAAAGAAAAAGCCUGUUAAAACAGUAGCAAAGAAAACUCCUACUGGCCGACGGCGAUAAGAAUAUGAAUCUCCUGACACAGUCUGUGCAAGUAGGUUAAUGCCUAUUCAGCAUAUAAAACUGUUAUCUACUUUAUUCCCUAUUUUUGGUCGUAUUUUUGUCUCUAACACGUAUUUAAAGAUACGAAUAGCAUGCUAUUAGGGUUGUUCUCAGUCAUUUUAAAGUCAAGAUUGAAAUAUACUGUACGGGCAACAAAAUUGCUGCAACUUCCAAGAAAAGCUGAUUGUAGCGUCAUCUGAUUCUGUGAGUAAACAUUUCUUGAUUACUGCUUAUAGCAUGUGUUAAAAUCAGCGUUGUAACUGUAAGUUCCUGCAAUUUUGUUGUUCCCAAAUUUAAUUUUCUCCUUCUUAAAAUACUUCAAAUACUACUUAAUGAAACACUGAUAACUAAAGGGUCGUCUAUAAACUUGGACAAAACGGUUGAUACAAUUGAAAAUGUCGCUAAUAUCCAUAAACGAGUCAUACGUGAUGGCUCCACAUCGCCAGUUCAAAGUUGGGAAGUCAAUGAUAUCCAAGCAACAUUUGAUAUUAAUCUAAAAUAACAUGUUGUAAGAUCGAAUGGGUAUGCGAAUUUUGUAAAAAAGGAAGGUGCAUGAUCUGAACCAGUUAUGUCCAAGAUUUUGGCCCCAUAUAGAUUCGAAAUAAAAGCGAAAUAUCUUGAAGUUCUUUAAUUGGUCUUUUUAGUCCACAUUGUGA